CUUAUCUAGCCACAACGAACGUCAAGAACUGCAUUUGAGUAAAUAUUCAAAUAAAGUAUUCGAACCAAUGUUCACUGGUCUUCAUGUUUUCAACAUGAUCAAAGUUGGAUGUUUCUUUCUCGUCAGCAUAUGCUUAUUCCAGAACUCAGCAUAUGGACAGGGUAAAGCAGAGUUCGGAGGGCACUUCGGAAAUUCAGGUGUGACAGGUUCAGUUCAUAUUGGAGGGGGAUUAGGUCAUUUAAUAAGAGGAAUAACAGGAGAAGUGAGCCAAGGAAGAAAACAUUUGAGUAAUUUUAUCGGGGGAUUAUUCGGGCAUGGCCAUAAAGGCAAUGGAGGAGGAAAAUACAGUCAAAAUGUAUAUGGUGAUUUUUCAGAUUCUGGCAAUGGAUACGGAGGAAUAGGAGGAGGAGCAGAUAAAGGAGGAUCUGCAUCGUUCCACGGCUCAUUUAGUAUUGAGUCCAUACUGAAAACUCUGCUUAAUUUACCUAUCAAAAUACCCAAGAGAAUUGUAACUUUCGCCACAACGUCUACAAGAGUUGUAUUAUCGUUGACUCAGAAGAUAUUGAAGGUUCCCUAUUCAGGAAUCCGAGGUGGGGUCAGUUUCGUGGCAAAUAUUUUUAAUGGAAUAUUUACAAGAGUAGCCAAUGUAAUUUUGAAAAUACAUUCGAUUAAUGCUGAUUUGGUCGCUGGCAUUAUCAGAAAAAUAAAAGGAUUUGUUGGAUGGACCAUAAAUCAAAUAACAAGUCUCAACAUUUUUGGAAUAAAAACUGGUUACGGUUUUGUCAGUUUCCUUCAGGACAGAACCCACAAAGUAAUAGAUGGUACCCUGCAGGUUGUUAUAUGGAUAUUGAUACAGUUCAACAAAAUAGUGGAAGGAGGGGUGAACUUAUCUCAUAUAAAAGAUAUAUUGAAACUGCCAAUUAUUAGAUCAUUUGUCAGUCUUCACAACAACAUAAGAGAUGAAGGAAUAAAAGCGAUUUAUUCUCAAUUUAUUGAAAUCGGAAAAUUCAUCGACAUGCUUAUUUACAAACAUCGAGAUUUCUUCUACCCGAUUUUCGAAAGAGUUCUCAAUAUUUUCUUGGCAUUCACCAAUUUCAUACAUCAACUCGGUAACGAUGGAGAAUACAGCGGAUUCAACACAGCGUUGGGGGGUCUGGAAAGUUUAAUUUCUAGCCACUGGCAUUUCAAAGGAACUGAUGGACAACAAAAACAUUCUUCUGAAGGUGAAUCUGGUUGGUCAGGUGAAUAUUCUGGUAGUGAGGUGUCAAACUCUGGUGGGGUAUACUCAAGUGGAGGAGUACACUCAAGUGGUGGAGUACAUUCUGGAGAUGGACUACAUUUUGGAAACCACGAAGAAGGUAGCCUUGAAGGUGAUGAUCAGAUGUAAUGUUUGCGUACUUUCAUUAAACGGUCAGAUGCCCAGUAUCUGAAAUUGACUUUAAAUAUUCCCAUUCAUUAUCUAUAGACGCUUUAUAGAUUUUCAAUUCCAAAUUGAAGUAGCUCAUUUAUUUUCUCACUUUCUCAAAUUUCAGUUUUCAAACUGAAAAUUAAUAAAUUUUUGUUUCU